UGUUUUAUUUGUUUCCUGUUUUUGUGUUCUCUCUUUUGCUUGAUGGUAGGAUCUCAAGUUAACAAGAUAGGACUGUUACAUUCCCCCAAAACUGAUCGCUGUGUGAAAGUAUCAAGCUUUGAGCUUGAUGAUUCUCUCUUCCCCUUCUCUCUCUUAGCAUCUGGGGAGUUCAGUGUUCCUUCCAAGACUUGAGAUGGAGCAGUGCAUUGAGAAGAGGUUUGUGUGUAAGUUCUGUAACAAGAGGUUCACUUGUGGGAAAUCACUGGGAGGUCACAUCAGAACACACAUGAGCAACAAGAACUCAGCUGAUUCAGAUGAGGAUGAACACAAUAAGCUCAUGAUCGAUGAAAAUGGAGGUCAAUCUAGCUACGGUCUGAGAGAGAAUCCUAAAAAGAACAAGAGGUUUGUGGAUCAGAGAGAGAUGAUGGCUCUGAAACAUCAACAGCAUCAACCACAACUGCUUUAUUGCAGAGAAUGUGGUAAAGGUUUCCCUUCUUCAAAAGCUCUUUGUGGUCACAUGGCUUCUCACUCUGAGAGAGAGAAGAUUGUGAUGGAUAGUCAAUCUGAUACUGAAGCUUCUUUGUCAACUAUAAGGAGAAGAUCCAAGAGAGCUGUGAAACAUCAUCAUGGUAGUAGCAUCAUGAUUCAAUAUGACGCAGCAUCUUUUGAUGAGUCUGAUAUUGAGCCGGAACAAGAGCAAAUGGCAUUGUCUCUGAUGAUGCUGUCUAGAGAUGAUUCAGGUUUCAAGAAAGGACAUAACUUGGUUGUGAACAACUCUUUUGCCGAGUCAUCAGACAACAACUCUGUGAUUCUUGAGACUAAGUCUUCUUCAGGAGAACAGCUGAAGAAGAUCUUCAAGGUGAAGGGGUUUUGUAAGAAAGACAAACUUGGAGGAGGAGUUGACCAUUUGAGAAAUGGUGAGGACAAUGGUUAUGUUUCAGAUAAUUCUGAUUCUGGCUACUUCAGGAAUGGACCAAAGAAGUUGGGCUCAGAUGUUACUAUUGAUGGGUUCCUCAGGAACAAGGCUGCAAUGGGAUUCAACAGCUCAGAGAAUAAGAGCUUGAACAGAUUCAGGGCAGGAUCAGAACGUUCUUCUUCGACAAAGUAUGAUCUGAGGAAAAGCAGAACAAGCUUUCCUACUUACGGUCGGAAGAAAAUCAAGUAUGAGUUGACUGAAUCAGUGUAUGACAGUGGUGAUCAGCAUAGCUUGGAGACUGAAUCUUGUGCGGAGACAAUCAAGAUUCGUAGUAAACCCCCAAUGGUUAAGAAAGCAAAGAAGAAAAGCAAAGGUCACGAGUGUCCGAUAUGCUUCAGGGUGUUUAAAUCAGGACAAGCUUUGGGUGGUCACAAGAGAUCACAUUUCAUUGGGAAUCAUGAACACAGGACUUUGGUGAUCCAACAACACCAAGUGGCUCAUGAGAUGCACACUAUCAUCGAUCUCAAUCUUCCUGCUCCUAUUGAUUAAUGAAAUCACUAGCAACAACAAUUUUGUUACUCAUUGUUAUUGUUUCCUCUCUGAUUUUAUUUUCUUGUUACUUCAGAUUCUAGAAUACUUUUGGUUCGGAAGGUAAAUCAAUUUUUUUCCUA